GGGGAGGGAGCGGAAGUAGUCGUAGCCUAGACAACGGGGAGCGACGGGGUCUUGCACAGCCCCUUCCCUCGGCCCUGCAGGGACCUCUCAUGGAAACCAAAAUCUCUGGAUGUUCAAGUUCAGUUUUAUGCCAGUUUCUGUGAAUGAAUAAUCCGUGGAUACGGAGGGCCAACUGUAGUCAUAGAAUAUAUGGCCAAAUGUGAAACCUAUGAAAGAAAUUAUGACAACAUAGUAAAACAGCUUGAGGAUCUGAAUAGGGAUUUAGAAAAACUACUGGAAGACAUGGAAAAACUAUCAGUGCAGGCUACAUGGAUGGCAUAUGAUAUGGUGGUGAUGCGUGCUAACCCGGAAUUGGCCAACUCAAUGAGACGCCUGGAAGAUGCCUUUCUUACCUGUAAGGAAGAAAUGGAGAGAAAUUGGCAAGAAAUGUUGAAAGAAACCAAAGGUGCUGAACAAAGACCAGAAUAAAUAGCUUUAACAUUUCUGGUUUCAAUUAAAACCUUGGAAGAUUUUUUCUUGAAUCAUCACUUUGUUUGCUCAGAAACAUAAAUAUGUGUUUAUAAAAUACAUUUUAAAUUA